GAAAACCCUAGAUUUCUCCGUCUCUCUCCUUUCCUUUCUCUCUCAAGCUUGAGAAAGUCUGAGACUUUGAGAAUCUAAAAGCUCCAAAUUUUGUCUUCUUUUCUCUGUUCUGGAGGAAUCGAAUUAUGUACAAGGAACGUAGUGGAGGAGGUGGGUCGUCGAGAUCGGAGAUUCUCGGUGGAGCUAUUGAUCGGAAACGAAUCAACGAUGCACUCAAUAAGAAACUAGAGAAAUCUUCAACUUCCACCACAUCUAGGGUCUUCACUUCUAAAGACAAAGAUCCCUUUUCCUUCACAUCUACCUCCACUGCUAAAUCUCAGCUCCCCGAUGUGGAAUCUGAAACUGAUAGUGAAGGGUCUGAUGUAAGUGGGUCGGAAGGUGAUGAUACAUCGUGGAUCUCUUGGUUUUGUAAUUUGAGAGGCAAUGAUUUCUUCUGUGAAGUCGAUGAAGAUUAUAUUCAAGAUGAUUUCAAUCUUUGUGGAUUAAGUGGUCAAGUUCCUUACUAUGAUUAUGCUCUUGAUCUCAUUCUAGAUGUCGAAUCUUCCAACAGUGAGAUGUUUACGGAAGAACAGAAUGAAAUGGUGGAAUCAGCUGCUGAAAUGCUAUAUGGUCUUAUUCAUGUUCGUUACAUUUUGACAACUAAAGGAAUGGCUGCAAUGACUGACAAGUACAAGAACUGUGAUUUCGGGAGAUGCCCGCGAGUUUUCUGUUGCGGUCAGUCUUGUCUCCCUGUUGGACAAUCCGACAUCCCAAGAUCGAGUACUGUGAAGAUAUACUGCCCAAAAUGCGAAGACAUAUCUUACCCGCGAUCUAAAUUCCAAGGCAAUAUUGAUGGAGCAUACUUUGGAACCACAUUCCCUCACUUGUUCUUGAUGACUUAUGGGAACUUAAAGCCGCAGAAACCGACUCAAAACUACGUUCCAAAAAUCUUUGGUUUCAAGGUACACAAACCAUGAUACCACUGCUCUGCAUUCUCAAUGGUGAUACAUCUUGUGGCUUGGCCUUUGCAUCCGGAUGAACAACAACUGAGACGAUAGCUGCGGUUUGAAUGGAGCAUACAUCAAUCAUUGGGUAGAGAGAGGAUGAGAGCUAAAAUGAAGUUGGAAGAUGGAAUCUUGAAAUAAUCUGAACGAAGUUCCAAGAAAACUUGUAUGUGCAAACAGCCUGGCUCUUUGAGGGAAAAGAAAGAAAGACACUUAUAGGUCUGUCUCCGAAAAGAGUUUUUCCCCAGUUAGUUGGAUUUUGUUUUAACUGUUGUUUCUCUUGUCAGCUUAUUAUUAUUUGUCUUUCUAAUUUCAUGUAAAAACCUCAGAAAUGGUUCAGUUGAAGGUUAAUCUAUAAUCAGAAGAGCCUCCUCCUAAUUA